GUUUGGAUUUCUAUGCUGCUCUGCUGCUGCAGUAGUGCAGUGCAGAAACAGAAGCAGCCGCCAGCCGCCAGUUGCAGUUGCGGCCGGGUUUAGGAGAAAAGUCUGAGGUCUUCUGCUUUUUGCUUGAAAAACUGUCUGGUUUCACUAAUCACUGAAGCUUGGUUUUAAAACAAACAUGGGAGACUUGGACCUUCUUGAUGACAUUUUGUCAGCUCGUCAAAAACAACAACUUGUGUUUAGUUCUGCACACAAAUUCAGUGUCUCGAGCGUACAUAGCAAAAUUAGCUUGUUGAAGAUAUUCUUGUCCAAGGGCACUGAAGAGAAUUUUUAUUCUUAUAAAUUCAUUGUGAAAAAUUCCACCAAGUAUUCAAAAGAAUUCAUCCUAAGGAGCAUUCUUGAAGCAAAUCCUCCCAUGUCUCAAAAACUCAUUCCAAUAAAGUUCUUCACAGAAAAUGAUGACAGCAUUUUCUAUGCCAGACUUUGUUUCGAUGUAGUUGUAGGACUCAUCAGACAAAAUUUAAAAAUACAAGUCCAAGAAUCUGCUGGUCCAUCGGUGCUGGAGCUUACGAUCGAAGUAGGAGUAGAAGCCAGUGACGAAACUCAAUUUGUGAAUGUUCAUGACCUUGUUGCACUGGCCGUUCAGAGAAGAGUUUCUCAAGGCAUGUCAGCUUCUACCCUCAACCUCUCAAGCUUUCACUCUGAUCCAGAUGUGGACGCAUACUGCUUCUUUCCUCUGAGCUCUGUUCAAAACCUGCAAAAAGUUUUAAAGAUCGCAGACCAAUAUGCUGUUGGUCCUUAUCAAAGCUUAGACCUCUCCAACAAUCAGCUGAAAUAUUUAAGUGCUCUUCUAGACAACCUUCCAAACUUCAGGAACUUAAAGAGCCUCAAUCUUGAAGGAAAUCAGAUGUCUUUGUCUUCUCUCAAGAUCAUCUCGCCCUUGCCUCUGGUUGAAUUAAGAGUACAUGGGAAUGAGCUAUGUUCAUUGUAUACCAGUGAAUCAGACUAUAUCAAAGAUAUCAAAGCAGUGUUCCCAGCUUUGAAAGUUUUGGAUGGCUGUUCUUUGUCAUCACAUGGACACGCAAUCGUGCGCCGCUUCUUUUGCCAGCAACCAAUGUCCCAAGACUUCGUCGAGCAGUUCUUGACCCACUACUACAGCACUUUUGACAGCGACAACCGGCAUUUGCUGUUUGGCUUGUACCACACAGACGCGAAGUUCUCACUCACAAGCACAUUGUUGCCUGGCCAAUCAACAACGUCAAAUGCUAGCUUGAACAACUAUUUAAAUGAGUCAAGGAACGUAUUGAAAAUCAUUGACUGGGCCAAAACUAGAGGUCUGUUGCGUACUGGCAGUAAGCAGGUCAUGGACGCGUUAAUUAAGUUGCCAAAAACCCAACAUGACCCUUUAUCCUUCACUGCUGACGUUCUGAAAUUUGAGCCAAACCACGUGAAGAUAUCUGUGACUGGUCUCUUCAAGGAGCCACAAAACCCGUUUUCUUCCGUCAGAUACUUCAAGCGAAACUUUGUACUGCAAUCUGUAAACAAGGUGUACCUGAUUUUAAACGACAUGCUCUUCAUUACAAACUGCACCUCUGAGCAGGCCGUGAGCGCUUUCCAAGUGAAGACUGAACCAGCCGCUCCCUUGAACUUGUACUUGACAACCAGAGCAAUGCACGUGCCCCUCUCCAAUGAGCAAAAAGUGAGAAUGGUGGAGAAGAUUUCUGAUAUCACAGACAUGAACCACGAGUGGUGCCGCAGAUGUUUAGAAGAUGUGCAGUAUGAUCUUCGAAAUGCUUUGGUCUACUUCCAAAAGAAUUAUGAGGAAAGGUCCAUUCCGAAUGAAGCAUUUUUGAAGUGAAGAAGCCUUUGUAUAAAAAACUGUAAACCACAUAGGCUUAAUUCUUAAAAUAAAUUGUUCUUUAAUGGAACUUGUUAAUGUCCGAGGAUUUGCUGACACUGCGCUAGAUAAAAAGGACAAAGUCAAAUACACAGCUCCUAUAGUAAUGUAUCAGUUUCAUAUGAAUAUGUGCAUGGAGUGGAAAAAAUUUACCUGUUUCUACCGAGGCUAUUUUCCUAUUAAAACAAAUAAUAGUUAUGUA